CACAACGAAGAACGCAACCGACAGCAGUGAUAGAUACUUUACUUUAUCGAGUUGUUUUCAUCUUGUAUCUAUCUAUCUACUCGAUGUCUCUAUAUUCAACUCAGACUUUUCGAACAAAGUUUUACGCGUGAAACAAUCUGCGACAUCAGAAACAUCGUUACUUUACGCUAACCUAAAAGCUAGUUAGUUACUCGCGAGCGGUUCGAUUGCGCGUUUGCGCCAUGGCUUUUUCUAUCUUUCAUACGAUUAUACCCUUGGAUGUUGUAUGAUCUCUUUUUUGCGUUCAACCAUCAUCUAUCGAUCUGUUUUUCUAUCUAAUUUUUUUUUUGUUUGUGGUGGGUGUUAAAGUAACAAAAAAAUUUAUUGGCAAUCUUUAAAUCCCAUUUUUAUCGAACACAAAUUUUUAAUUUUACUAAAAUUUUUAAUUAACGAAUUUAAUAUAUAUCGACGAUGGUCUUUUUUUUGUGUGAAACGAAAGUGAAUAAAUAAUAAAUUUUACCUUGAUGCAAAUGAAAAUCGAAAAUUCAAUUCGAGUUAUUCAAAUGUGAAACAAAAAUAAAUGCAAAUGAUCGUUAAUUUGAAAAAUAUACAAGGGAAAAAAAAAAGUUUUAAAUAUUUUUAAUGAAAAAUAUUUAACAAAGAAUUAAAUUGCAAGGAAAAAUCUUUGUUUUUUUUUCGCGUUUGUCUAAUGAAAAUUUGUCCCACACUCCAAAGAUAGUGUUUUUAUUAUUUCUUCUGUUGAAGUAUCUAUUGAUGAUUAAUACUCUCUUGUGUGUUAAAGUGACACCUUACUUACUUGGAUGCAUAGUUUGAAAAAAAAAUAUUAAUAAUACAAAAAUAAAAAAAACAGAGAUACAUAUAUUUUUUAUAACCCAGCCCACCUGUUGAUUCUUAUAUUCUGCACAUAAGAACUGGGAAAUACAAUGUGCAUUGUGCUUCAUUUUAAAACAAAACAAUAUAUUAACAGAGAUUAUCUCAGGAACUGAACCAUUCCAUUCAUUAAAAAUCACAUACGCAUCAUUCAAAGAAUAUAAAAUCAAUUGGAUCUUACAAUCAACUCCAUCUAAUCAUCAAGCCAAUCAAGUCACACACAAGAAACCUCUCUACACAUCGACCGCAACGUUUAGAUAUUUUUAAAGAAGAUAAAGAUUUAAAAAAAAUGACGCUGCCCAGAAUGGACUCACGAAUCGGAUUAGACUAUAUUGUCGAGAAUCGUGAAUAUGUUUCCAAACUAGGCGCAGCCCUAGACACCAAUAAUACCACAGUCAAGAAGCAAGUUUUCGAACUGCUGUCAGCCCUAUGUGCUUACAAUUCAGAAGGCUAUUCUCGAGCGAUAGAAACAUUAGAAUUUUAUAAGAAUCUCAAAAACGAACGAUAUCGGUUCAAAAUAGUGAUCAACGAACUAGAAAAUGCGACAAAUAUUGAAUAUCAAGUGGCACUGCUGGCUUUCAUCAAUUGCGUGAUUAUUUCAGCGGCUAACUUACAAGAUCGAGUCAGAAUACGAAAUGAGUUCAUUGGUCUAAAGGUGUUACCACUCCUUAACAAUUUAAGAAAAGUCGCUCAAAGUGUGGGUGAUAUCAUUGUGCAAUUGGACGUAUUCGACGAACAACGAGAAUGCGACGAAGCACAAAGUCUACAGGGGCCGAAUGGAAUAAAUUUAAACUCCCAUCUUGAUGUUUUCUCCGCCAUUUUAGGACAGGUAGCUGACACACCUCAGGAGAUACCAUUUCUCAGUAUACUGCAGCAUUUGCUGCGAAUAGAACCCAAAGAGGCGGUUAGUGAUAUUAUUUGGGAUACAACUGAAAAACUAGUCCAUCGGGCAACCCUCCUCGAGAAUCAUGAAGACUCUGUGCGAUUGUUGCGUUCACCCAGUGUACAAAAAUUCACAUGUCCACAUUGUCGUGGCGAAGCAACGAGUCCGAGUAGAAAACAAUCAUCGGCCCCACUAAUGCCGAGUAGUUUUCAGGUGACACCACCACCACCAGCGGCGGCAGCAACAACACACUCUCUUUCAAAUUCACCACUCUCCCCCACAACUGGACGUGGAGGUGGAGGACCGCCUCCAGUGGCAGCACCACCGCCACCACCUCCUCCACCAAUUCCUGCGUUUGGUGGCGGUGGUGGUGGUAAUGGGGUGCCACCUCCACCACCACCUCCUGGGUGCAGUCGUAUACCAGGACCUCCCGUCCCACCGCCACCUGCUUCGAAUCUUUUGUCAAAUAAUUCCGCAGACAACCGGCUAAGGUCCACAACACCGGAUAUGGGAUUCAAUGAAACGUCUGUGCUAUUACCACAACAGGAAACCCCUGCACCAAAGGCCAAAAUGAAAACAAUAAAUUGGAAUAAAAUUCCACAAAAUAAAGUUAUCGGGAAGCAAAAUAUUUGGGCAACUGUCAGUUUUAAUCAUCAGCUCGAUUGGACAAAAUUAGAAGGAUUGUUUUGCUUGCAAUCAACAAGUGCUCAGGGCUCACCAAAGUUGGGAAGGGAUUCGGGAACUGAUACUCUGGAUCGAAAGUCGAAAAAAGAAAAUAGUGAGAUAACGCUGCUGGAUGGCAAAAGAAGUCUCAAUGUCAACAUAUUCCUCAAGCAGUUUAGAACAUCAAACGAAGACAUCAUUGAACUUAUUAGAAACGGAGAACACAAUGCUAUUGGAGCUGAAAAGCUUCGGGGUCUUCUUAAGAUUCUUCCUGAGUUCGAUGAAUUGGACAUGCUUAAAUCUUAUAAUGGCGAUAAAAAUCGACUAGGUAAUGCAGAGAAAUUCAUAUUGCAACUGCUCGAAGUACCAAACUACAAACUUCGAAUAGAAAGUAUGCUUCUGAAGGAGGAAUUCGCUGCAAAUGUCACUUAUUUAGAUCCUUAUAUCAAUGCAAUGAUAUUUGCUGGCGAUGAUCUAAUGAACAACAAAAUGUUGCAAGAAGUUCUCUAUAUGGUUGUUUUGGCUGGUAAUUUUCUUAAUUCCGGAGGCUAUGCUGGUAAUGCAGCGGGAGUGAAGCUGUCAUCAUUGCAAAAGCUCACAGAUAUUCGAGCUAAUAAGCCUGGUAUAAAUCUUAUGCAUUUUGUUGCAAUGGAAAUGGAAAAACAAAAUCCGGAACUCUUGAAUUUCCCAGAUCAGUUAACAAUGCUGGAGAAUGCCUCCAAGACAACAUCAGAUCAAAUAAAUUAUGAAAUCAAUGCAUUGGAUGUUCGAAUUAAGAAAAUCAAAAGACAAGUUGAACUGCCAACAACAGAUAUUGAUAUCAAAGAACAAAUGACAGAGUUCUUGAGAAAUGCUGAAAAUGAGGUUACUAUUUUACAACGUGGAAUGAAAGAAGUUGAUUGCGUGAGAUUAAAAUUAGCUGAGUAUUUCUGUGAGGAUCCAGCUUCAUUUAAAUUAGAAGAGUGCUUUAAGAUAUUCCAAAAUCUCGCCGAUAAAUUCAAACAGGCUGUGAAAGAAAAUGAACGGCGACAACAGCAAGAGGAGCAAGCUACAUUACGAAGAAAACAAAGAGAAGAACAACUUGCUAGGAGAGCUAGACAAUUAUCUCAAUGUGGAACACCAGUUUCUGAUCCGGAAAAUCCCUUACUACUUGAUCCAUCAUUCGAUCCACGGUCAAGUCCAGCGUUUUCGCGACGAAGAAUGGGAUCAUUCAACACGGGAAUUGAUUGUAAUUCUUGGCGAGAAGAUGGAAUCUCACCAGAUAUAACACCAAAUGGCAGUUUGCGCAGACGUAGAAGUCGAGUUUUAGAAGAAGAUGAUGAUUUAAUGAAAUUCCUUCGAGCAUCUGGACAAGAUAAUGGUAGUAGAGAAAGAAAAGCCUCUGCAUAUGGAAGUUUAGAUCGUUCAUGGGCCAGAAAAGCAAGAUCAGGAAGUGCGAGUAGAAAACGUCCGGAACUUUUGAACAUCGAUUUCGGUGCUGACCGUGAAAGAGCCAAUUCACCAUCACCAAUGGCUGAAACCAAACCACCACCUGCCGCUACUGCUGCAAGCGAUGAUAAUAAACCAAGAAUAUCACGCGAAUGGAGGCAAAAAAUAGAAUCGUGGUUGCAGUCAAAUGAAAACGAUGAGAAACAAAAUGAGGAAUAUAAACGGAAACGGCGUCUUGUUAGCAAUGGCCGGCGUUCGCUUGAAAACGAUUCAGCAGAAAGUGAACGAAACAAAUUAGAUCCCCUACCAGAGGAGAAGAUCUCAGUAAAUGCCAACGGCGUAGAAACUUAUAAGAGAGAUUGGAAGCCAUCCAAGGCCCUAGAGAAAACGGACAUUGCCGGAACUAUUCAGGCUAUUGAAGAUGUCAACAACACCCGCGAUAAAUCAUCAUGGAGAAAAUCCAACCUCAACGUAUCGAAUAGCUCUGAAGAGGUGAUAACUAGAGAAGACACUUCAACUCGAACUAAACCCUCAAUCAAUACUGAACAAGAAGAUCGAAAAUCCUUGAUUCAUAUUCUCGGAGAACUCCCAGCAUCAGAUCGUCUACAAAUCUAUGUACGCCGUCCAUCGGAUAUUAAUGACAUCGAAAGUAAAUGCAAAGCACCUACACCAAAUAGCAGUGAUCCAAAACAACUGCCGCCAUUGAUCCUCGAUAUCAAAAAUGACCCGUCCAUCUAUAAAAACCAAUCACCAAUAGAGAGUCCUGCAAUAAAUAGAUUCAUCACUAUUCGUGAUCGUCACGAUGACAAAUACAGUCGCAAGGAAAUCGACUCUGACAACAUCGAAACACCUCCAGUUGUUCGACGGGCUACACAAAACUCCUCUUUGAGACGGCCACUCUAUGCACCAACUGUUGUCACACUCAAUUCACCAACGACAGAAUGCGAUGGUGGUAAAAUCAGUCCUGGUGUAGAUCAUUUGGUUGAUAAUGAACCAAUUGGUCACUUUGAUAGAUUUUCAGCUGCCCGGAGAACACGUCGUUAUAAACGACCUACUGAUUACAGUAGUGGUACUGAAGAUAUAUCUCCCCCAACUAUUGAUAGCCCUUCGAAAGAUACCAACAAGAACCAAAGCAUUCCAAAUGAAAUUGAAACGAAAUUGAAACUCGAUGAUCUUCAAAUUAAAAAACCUAUAAUUUGUGAAAAAACCGUUGCCAAGUUGGAAAAAGUUGGUCGCCAUAUUAGUUCGAUAAAUCAAGAAGAUGUACGCGAAGCUAUUCGGAAUCUUAAAUCACCCACUGGUGAGCCCGAGCGUAUCUGGAGUCCACCGAGAGAAAUAAUAAGUAAUGAAAAACCUGCCCCCACAACAACUGUCAUCAAGGUUUCUGCCAAUAGUCAUGAAUUGAAUGACGAAGGAUUCGAAGAAACCCAAAGUCUAGUCUCAGAUACACCGUCACAUGGUAAAGAGAGCACAUCAUCGUGUAACGAUGUCAAUGAAGCUGUCACAAAGCAGUCAUCAUCAUCAACAACAACACGUUCUCAAGGCCGUACCAAUAAUAAAGAACCAGUCACAAUCGCUAACAGUAUAAGCAGCCAUAACCCUAGUCGCGAACCUGCCGUCUCAAAGACAAAAACCAAUCCCCAAAAGAAUCAAAUUCACAAUAUUUUGGAAAGAAACAAACGUAGCAUGGACAGAGCCCGUUUGUUAAGAGCCAACCCCACGACAACAUCGUCAUCAAACACUCUGACGCUGCCAUCGAAUUUAACUCCUGCUGCAUCAGCUGCAAUGCGUCGUGCUAAUUCCCUGCGAAAAAGUGAUUCAGCUUCAAAUAGCAAAAAAGAUGUGGAACGUAGUAGUUCUAGAACUAGCUUGCGAAGUUCUCGGUCAUCAUUGAAUAGUGGAACUUCAACGAAUACUGUUAGACGUAUGCCAGUCAAACCACUCCUAACAAACUCUGUUGAAUCAUCACCGAGUAAAAGGCCACUAUCUGCGGCGAAUUCAUCGCGCAAUCAGCAAAGAAUAUCAGCGAGUCGUAGUAGUUCGAGUGGAUCAAGUAUUGGUGCAACAAUUCGAAAACCUUCAUCAACGACGACAACGAGAGCAAGUUCUUCGAACUUGGGUGGAAGUAACAGUUUUAGGGAUAGUAAUCAUCAGUCAGGAAGUUCAAGAGUUUCUUCGACUCCACGUAGUGCGGUGCUAGUAAAAGCUUCAGUAACAAAUGUUAGUAGCAGUACGCCGACAUUGAUCAAUAGACAAAGAAGUCCAACUCGCCCGGCAAGUGCAGCAUCACGAUUGAGUGGAUUUAUGCGACCAACAGCAUCGAGUGCAACAAAACGCCUUCAGGGUGACAAUAGGGGAAAAUAGAAAAUUUAAAUGGUCUUCAUACUAAACGAAUUUCCUUAAACAAUUUUUUUAACAUUAUUUUUAGUGGAAUUUGACGACAAGUCUAUUUGAUGGUUAGAGUUAAAUGGAAUGGAGUUGUUGGAGUUGGAAUUUCGAUUUAACGGGGGUUAAUUUCUAUUUUAUCUAAAUUUGGGUUACCUGAAGAAAUGUUGAGGGGGGAAAUCAUUCCAGGGGAAUAAAUUAGGUACACCUGGACGUUCCUGAUUGCAACUUUCAUGUUUCUAAAAACACUGUGCAUGUAUAUAAAUGAAUAAGGAACUGACUGCAUAUCAAAUUUCAUAUUAGUUGUCUUCUGAUCACGGUGGAUGACAUCUAAACUCACUUGUUUGAAUUCAUUCGAAUAGGAUCAGCUCAGAAAUUCAAAGUCUCAAUUUGGUCUGGAAGAUGACCCCUGGGCUGGUAGGGUAGGAAUCUAUUCUUCAACUUCAGUUCAAAAACAAUUUGAAGCAAUUUUAGAACUUAACUAAUGUGGAAUAGAUAUCUCCUCAUGAAAGUACUGUAUCAGUCAACUGGUUAUCUUUGGUGAUAGAAGUAAGUGCCAAUAAGGACUCCCAAUAUUCAAUAUUACAAGAAAAGUGGGUGUUAUUCCCUCAAUUUUUAUCCAAAUUGUUGGAGCCGUUUGCAACCAAUCCAAGAAGGUAGGAAUGGCUACAGUAUAUACAUAAGUCAAAGCUCGUCUUAGUGACAAGUUGUCAGUCGAGAUCCCCUGCUCUCCUUUCCAUGACUAAUGUACUCACUGUCCUUGCGAGAAAGGUGGUUGGGGGUUAAGUCUUGUUUGCCACAAAUUCUACGAACGGAGUUCCAAAAGACAAUCAUCUCUAGGAAGAAUGGAUUGUUCUGCCCUAUUUCGGAAUUGUGGGCAUCUUCGCCGUUUAUUAGUUUGGAUGAGUGGUCUUUCCAAAUCCUCAACUUAUUCUCUGUAUACAUGAAAAACUGUAAACUGUCCUCAAGUUUAUUGGUACUAUCGUUUUCAAGAAUAUUUAUGUGACUCGAUACUCAAACUAAGGUCAUUUUUACGCUUAGGACCUCUUUUUUUCGUUUGCAAUCAUUUACUACUUUGAAGUUAGUCAAACAAUCGUCAAUGACCUUGAUAGCUUCUUGACUUUCAAUAAAAAUAAAUCAAUAAAUUGGCAUUCGGUUUGUUCGCUAUUGUUUGAUUCUGAAGCAUUCUUCGAUUACUAUCACGCUAGCAUAAAAACACUAGAAUGAUAAGAAAAUCUUUGGUUUUUGCUCCUACAAAAUAAUCCAUUUUCGAACUAUAAUUAAGAUUGAUUUAUGUUCCAUCUUCUUAUGAGAACGUUGUCACUUCAAACGAAAUAGCUUUCAAGACUACAUGCACUUGUCUCAAUUCAUUUAUUGCAAAACCUUAUUGGCUGAGUAAUGCUCCAGGUGGUUUCCAUUGAAGACGUCGAUAGUAAAUCGUUUAGUCUGAGAUUCAAACUGUUCAACUAAACUGCAUUCCAUUUAAAUUUUCUUUUUGUUUAGUUCCACUAAAAAAUAAAAUAAACAAUAUAAAGCUCAUGGGAGCCCAGGCCUAGUAUACACAAAAUAUGUAUAAAAUUUAAAUAAAUACUAUUUUUUAUACAUUCUUUAUAAAAAAAAAAAAAAAAAAAAAAACAAAACUUAACAAACAAAAUACGUAACUUUUAGAAAGAUAAAUAAAAAACAAGUAAAAAUUAAAACUAAAAAAUAAAAAAACAAAAUAGUAUUAUUGAAUAGCACAAAGGAAUCAAAACUCAUUUCUUCAUCAAUCUUCUUAAAAAAAAUAUUCUAUUAAAUGUCACAAAAUAAGAAAAAGAACAAAAGAAAAAACUUACAUUUAAUGAAACAAUAGUUAACUCUCAGUCUCAAAUCGAACUUAUUUAAUAAAAUCAAAAAAAAAAAACAAAAAAACACUGUCCGUUGUUAAUUAAAAACCGUCCACAAAUCGAAUUUCUC